GGGAGUUGCCAAGGGGCCUUGGCCGGUGAUAGAGCCUUGCUUCCGGGGUGGACUGCGAUGGAGCCCACCGAGGGCGGUGAGAUGAAGAGUGGAGGUGGAGCGGCAACCGGAGAGUGCGUGAAUAGGAUCCCGGUGCCAAGACCUCCCUCCAUUGAGGAGUUCACUAUAGUGAAGCCUAUUAGCCGCGGCGCCUUUGGGAAGGUGUAUCUGGGGCAGAAAGGCAACAGGUUGUAUGCGGUGAAGGUUGUCAAAAAGGCAGACAUGAUCAACAAAAAUAUGACUCAUCAAGUACAAGCUGAGAGGGACGCACUGGCCCUAAGCAAAAGUCCCUUCAUUGUCCAUUUGUACUAUUCCCUGCAGUCAGCAAACAAUGUCUACUUGGUAAUGGAAUAUCUCAUUGGUGGAGAUGUCAAGUCCCUUCUACAUAUCUAUGGCUAUUUUGAUGAAGAGAUGGCCGUGAAAUAUAUAUCUGAAGUUGCAUUGGCUCUAGACUACCUUCAUAGACAUGGAAUCAUUCACAGGGAUUUGAAGCCAGACAAUAUGCUUAUUUCUAAUGAAGGUCAUAUUAAACUAACAGAUUUUGGCCUUUCCAAAGUUACUUUAAAUAGAGAUAUCAACAUGAUGGAUAUUCUUACAACACCAUCCAUGGUGAAACCUAGACAGGAUUAUUCAAGAACCCCAGGACAAGUAUUAUCUCUCAUCAGCUCUUUGGGAUUUCACACACCAGUUGCAGAAGAAAAUCACGACUCUGCAAAUGUUGUUUCGACUCAUGUGUCUGAAACAUCACCACUUUCUCAAGGACUAACUUGUCCUAUGUCCAUAGAUCAAAAGGACAUUACUCCUUAUUCUAGCAAGCUACUAAAAUCAUGUCCUGAAAUGGUUGCCUCCCACCCCCGGAUGCCUGUGAAGUGUCUAACUUCCCACCUCCUUCAGUCUAGGAAGAGGCUGGCAACAUCCAGCACCAGCAGUCCGUCCCAUACCUUCAUAUCCAGCGUGGAAUCCGAGUGCCACAGCAGUCCCAGAUGGGAAAAGGAUUGCCAGGAAAGUGACGCUGCAGCAGGCUCCACAAUGAUGAGUUGGAAUACAGUUGAAAAGCCUUUAUGCACAAAAUCUGUAGAUGCCAUGGAGACCAAAAGUUUCAAUGAAAGGGACCUUGAGUUAGCUCUUUCUCCCAUUCACGGCAGCAGUGUCGUUCCUGCCACUGGAAACUCUUACGUUAACCAUGCUAAAAGAUGUUCUUCAGGGGAAGUUUCUUGGGAAGCAAGACAACUAGAUGUAAAUAGUAUCAAUGUGACUGCUGACAAAAACCAGUCUGGUCUCCAUGAAUCAAAACAGUGGGCUGUGGAUUCUGGUGGGAUGACUGAAGAGCACCUUGGGAAAAGAAGUUGUAAAAGAAUUUUCGAAUUAGUUGACUCCAGUCCUCGUCAGGGAAUUAUACCAAAUAAAAAAAGUUGCUUUGAGUAUGAGCGUAAUAAUGAAAUGACAGAUUGUUAUGCAAAUCAAAGGACAGGCCUGACAGUUGAAGUCCAGGACCUUAAGCUGUUGGUAUACAGAGAUCAGCAAAAUGACUGUGUGAAUAAAGAGAAUGUGGGCAAUUCUUUUAUUGAUAAACACCAAACCCCAGAAAAAUCGUCUGUCCCAAUGAUAGAAAAAAACCUUAUGUGUGAGCUGGAUGACGAUUGUGACAAGAAUAGUAAGAAGGACUACUUAAGUUCUAGUUUCCUAUGUUCUGAUGGUGAUAGAACUCCUAAAAGUAUUCACAUGGACUCUGAUUCAUCUUUUCCUGGAAUUUCCAUCAUGGAAAGUCCGUUAGGAGGGCAGUCUUUAGAUCCAGAUAAAAACAUCAAAGAAUCCUCUUUGGAAGAGUCAAAUAUUGAAGACCUACUUCCUGUAUCACCCAGCUGCCAAGAAAGUACCUUGCCAAAAGGUGUUGAGUGUCCUACCAUCCAAGACAGCAACCAAAAAAUGUUGGCUCCUUCUUCAGAGGUCUUAAAACCAUUAACCUCUAAAAGAAAUGCUGUGGCAUUUCGGAGUUUUAACAGUCACAUUAAUGCUUCCAAUAGCUCCGAACCUUCUAAGAUGAGCGUCACUUCUUUAGAUGUGAUGGAUAUUUCGUGUGCCUAUAGUGGGUCAUAUCCCACGGCUAUCACCCCUACUCAGAAAGAAAGAUCCUACAUGCCAUAUCAGCAGACCCCAAAUCAGGUCAAAUCAGAAACUCCAUACCGAACUCCAAAGAGUGUGAGAAGAGGGGCAGCCCCAGUGGACGACGGUCGAAUCCUGGGGACACCGGACUACCUCGCGCCAGAGCUGCUGUUAGCCAGGGCCCAUGGUCCUGCAGUAGACUGGUGGGCCCUUGGAGUUUGCUUGUUUGAAUUUCUAACAGGAAUUCCCCCUUUCAAUGAUGAAACACCACAGCAAGUAUUCCAGAAUAUUCUGAAAAGAGAUAUCCCUUGGCCUGAAGGUGAAGAAAAGUUAUCUGAUAAUGCUCAAAGUGCUGUGGACAUACUCUUAACCAUUGAUGAUACAAAGAGAGCAGGAAUGAAAGAGCUGAAACAUCAUCCUCUCUUCAGUGGUGUGGAUUGGGAAAAUCUACAGCAUCAAAAAAUGCCAUUCAUACCCCAACCAGAUGACGAAACAGAUACAUCUUAUUUUGAAGCCAGGAAUAAUGCUCAGCACCUGACUGUAUCUGGAUUUAGCCUUUAGCUUUAAUCUGUUAAAUUUUUCCCUUUAACCUUGCCUUAUAGCAUGAGCUAGCAUAAUUACAUACACCUUAGUACUAGAUUGAUCUAAGCAGGAAAAAUCAUUAUUUUACCUGGAUCAGCGAGCUUUUCAUGUAUGUUAUAGCUUCCACAGCAUUAAAAAGGCUAUCAAGAAUGUAAUCAGUAAUUUAUCUUAGUCUCAGAGUUGUAAAUAGAUCUUCAAAGGUUUUUUCAUCUUAUUUAUUUUGUUAUUGCACUUUAUAAAAAUUAAUGCUUCAGUACAACUAUUAGAAACAUGACCUCUUUAGAGAAAGAGUAAGCCUCGAGCUUGAUUUUCUUUCUCAUCUGUUCAUAUCGGUCUACCAUUCAUUUGGUGUUAACACAACAAAAACAUUAUAGUUUUAUUUUAUUGUAAUUUAUCUGUACUUGAUUGCCUGCAAAAGCUAUAGUCUUGAGGGCAAUCAUGUAAAGCUAUCAUUGUGACCUCAAAAAUGCAAUUGGAAAAUUCCUUCACUCAGUACUAUAACUCCUUUUGGGAAUGAGAAAUAAAAGGAUUAGGGUUUUGCCUCACUUUGCUAUGAAUACAGUUUUGUUGCGUUGGCUGCUUCUGGUGCUUUCUCUACAAUACAGAUUACUUUAAAAUAGUAGUAGAAAGCUUAGGUGAGAUAUACUGUAGCAAUUUUAACAGCUUGUUCAAUUUUAACAAAAAACGUGAUGGUUUACAUUUCUAAAUAAUUCAUUUAAAACAUAUGCAGCAUUACCAGAGUAGCCUGAUUCUUUUUUAAAAAAAUAACUUACUUUUGCUUAAUAAAUAUAAUUGUAACAUACUUUGAUACAUUCUCUAUCAACAUCACUCCUUUCAAUAUAGAUACACUAAGAUUCAGCUUCACAGGUCAUAUCUUAAAUUCAUUGAGGUUUUCUGCAUACUUACCCACCAAAAGAGAAAAAUUCAAAUUUAAAUGUACCAUGUGUAAAUUUUCUGUUAAUAUAUUAAAUACUGUUGCUCAUUUUGCAAAAUGGCUUGAGUUUUUUUACUUUCUAUCAGCAUCCUGUUAUUAAUGUAGUUGACAAAGGUUAAAACUAUUUAGAACUGUUGCAGUGAAAGAGACACUGUAAUAAUCGGUGCCAUGUAAUUGAAUCCAUGAUUUAACUGUUUUACUGAGCUUGUUCUAGUAAUGACUACUCAAGUUUAAUCCGCCUAAUUAUCACCUUUUCUAACAAUAAUAUGUUCAAAAUACAGUUGUUAAAACUUUGUUUAGUGUAAAUUACAUCUUUCCCUUAAAUUAGGUAAAAGCUAAGAUUAUCCUCCCAUGGAAUUUUCUUUUCUUUUUUUUUUCCCAUGGAAUUUUCAAGUAGCAGAAAAAAUAGUGGUUUUGGAAUCAAGCACAAAUGGUUUAAACCACUGCUCUUUCACAGUAAAAAGCUGUAGGUGGGUUAAACUCUGAUCAUCUACCUGUGUUGUGUAGAAAGGAGCUUCCCAGGACACCAGUCUUACCAGGAAUUUGAAACAUUACUGAAAGAUCAGGGGAGAUGUGCAGUGAACCUGUUUCCAAUGCAGGAGAGGUGCCCGUUAAGUGGAAAAGUUAAGAAAAGUUUGCUGUUACAGCCCUAGCAGGUGCAGCAGUGGCCACCUGGAACUCUGCAUCCUGUGAUGGUGUCUGCUGGGACAAAGUUAUUUAUUAUCUAAACUUAAACCUUUGGGGAUUCCCAGUGGCUCAGCGGUAAAGAAUCUGCCUGCCAUGCAGGAGCUACAGGAGACACAGGUUCUAUCCCUGGGUCAGGAAGAUCCCCUGGAGAAGGGCAUGGCAUCCCACUCCAGUAUUCUUGCCUGGAGAAUCCCAUGGACAGAGGAUACUGGUGGGAUACAGUCCAUGGGGUCUCAAAGAGUCAGACAUGACUGAAGUGACUUAGCACACACGCAAACCUUUAAGACACCUGUCAAGAUGUUCUGGGUUCAGAUACUCAUUAAGAAAAAACUUGAGACAGAACAAGAAUGAAAAAAAAAUGGAAGUGUUUUGGCAACUGUGUGGAUGUGUGUCUUUAAAGAACACAGAUAACUCUGCCAUUAGAAAUCUGUGCAUCCAUUACUAUGUAUAAUUUUUAUUAAUUAAAAAUAAUUUUCUCCCCACUUCCACUAAUUGUUAAACAA